AUGACACCGUCUGGCGAUCCAACAAGUCCCGCGGGCAACGAUGCGAACAGUGACCAUGAGGUAGUCUUUACCACCGAGCUCACGGACGCUGAGAAGGCUUCUCUUGCAGAGCAAGUCACUAUUUCACCUGCUGGAGAGGUCACUCUGGGCGUUACUAGCCCCGAGGCCAUGGCAGAUAAGGUCCAGCAAGAGGUCUCCCAAGCUAUGAAUGCUAUAAACUCUCCCGAAGGGCAGCCCAGCCCUGCCCAUGAGGCGAAGGAAGCAGAUUAUGUGCCGGAACAGUCUAGAGAUAUAUCUGAGAUAGAGAGUCUACAGCAUUUUGAGACACCACUAGUUCUUGAAUCCUCUCCCAAUGACAGAGGAGUCAGUGGUCGCUCCCCGGGAGCAUACCCGCCACCAGUUAGUAUACCUCUAAGGCCAUACCUCGAGACAGUUUCAAGACUUGACGAUCCUGUUGCUGAUCCUGCUUCUGCAUUAAAACUGCCCAAAUACCCCGUAUUUACAGCAACUCCCAUCGACGAUCCAGGAAAGAUCCUCACCGAAAGCAUGAAGGAAGACAUUUACCUGAACAACCCAGACAUGCGUGCAGUCUCGUUCUUUGACACGGAUACGGUAGACAGGCUGGUCGACCCACCGCCACUCGAGCGUCUCCCCGCUUCCACGGAUCUCUUGAUUAAAUAUCCACUGGAAUGGCUGGAGCUCAACCCAACAAAGAUACAAGCAUGCAAACUUCCUGCGCUUGGGAUGUGCAAAAUAUACUAUUCACAUCCACGGGCUGGUACCGUGCACAGCGCAUAUAUACUAAAGAACACAGCCGAUAACGGAAGAGUGUCUCUAGUGGACGUUUCUGCAGAUAAUCCUAACCGCAACGCUGGAUACCAAGACGAAAGCCUUGAAACCCCACCUGUAUCCACAGUCCCCAAGACAGACGCAAGCACACCAAAGGAUACAGGUGAAGCAUUGGAUAACCCCGUGUGCGAUGCUGUCGACAAAGCACUGAAGGAGCAGAAUCAAAUCGAUAGCAUAACAGUGGACCCCUCGACGGAACAAUACCCGAGAGUGCUCUUUUUGCAUGGUUUCGACUUCGACACAACGAUUAAUGCUCCCUUCAUCAAUGCCCUUGCAAUGACGCAUGAAGUUCUCACGUUCGACUGGCCAGCAACAGGAGGAAGUGACGGAACACCAGGAGACUCCUAUGACAUAGACACUCUAAUAAGGUAUUGCUUAGAGGUCCUUUCUCUGCCAGUGCUUAACUGGAUACAUGGAUUCGAGAUACUUGAUGAGCCUCCGGGUUCACCAGUUCAACCUCCGGCAGAGCUGAAUCCGCAGGACGAAAACAAUCCCUCAGGGCCUUCUGCUGCAGCGACAGCGACAACGGUCCGUUACCCAGUGAGAACAUACAAACUGAUCAACUCAACCUCUUCUCAGCAAAAGAUAACCUUAGUGGGGCAUUCUAGCGGAGGCCUAAUGGCUGCAGCCAUGGCCCCGAUCUUGAAAGAUAUCGUUGACAAGGUGGUGCUGCUAGCUCCCGUCGGUAUGGUGAUGGAGCUGAACCGAAAGCUGAUUUUUAUGCGUGAUCACCCCAUCCUGGCGCGUAUAACUCAGCCUCUCAUGUCUGUAUAUCCAACGCUUGCCCUCAAGACGUUUUUGGAUUGUGCUGACCGGGUUAAGUACCUCCCAGAGCCUCUACAGGCAAACGUCAAGCGAAAAUAUGAGUCGCAUGUUCGAAGUCGCUGCACCAGCGCUAUAAAGCAGGCCAUCAACAGCUCAGCAGCAUUCCCCUGGACUUCUGGGAAGGAAUACUUUACCAGGCUUGACGACCUCGAUUUAGAAACAGUCCUAGUAUUAGCAAACGACGAUGCAAUCAUUCAGUGUGCUAAAGCUAAAGAGCAGUUUGAAAAGUACUGCCCUAGAAUCAAUAUAGUCUUCAGAUCUGUUGGUGGACACGACUUUCACUUGGUAUAUCCCGUAGAGACACUUAAGCUGUGCGGGUUGCAAUCCAUAUGA